AUGGCUGUUGUGUACGUGCCCCACGGCCUUAGCGCCAACAACAAGACGCUGUCAUGGCAGGUCAUUUACGCACAAAAACAGCUUUCGGCCUUUCGCAAACUCUCUCGCCCCGCAAGCUGGGACAUUGGUCUGAUGACGACCCCGCACACGACGUACCCCAUCAAUGCACUGCGCAACGCUGCGAUGCAAUUGGGACCCUCGUCACCCGCGGCAGACUUUAUGUUUUACCUGGACGCCGACUUCUUGCCCAGCCCCGACUUGCCGGAGGCACUGGCAGCGGCCGUUGCAGCUGCCGAGACGGACGGCGAGGAUGUUGCGCGCAUCGCAUGGGUUGUGCCCGCUUUCGAGCUCAAAGGCCAGAGUGGACCUACAGUAGAUCGACUGCUCCCGGCGUCGAUGGAUGCGCUGCGUUCGCAGUACGCUGCUGAUCAGGUUGUCCCUUUUCGCAGCCGCGAAUCCCCUCUUUCGCAUCGUGCAACCAACUAUGCACAGUUUUUGAACCCAGAGAACCGUCAGCCGUACUAUCUGAUCGAGUACGAGGAUAAAUUUGAGCCCUAUGUCGCGCUACGCAAUAAUCCUGAGCUCCCCUUGUUUGCUGAGCAAUUUGAGGGCUACGGGCUGAACAAGAUCGCCUAUACCAUGACAUUGGCGGCCAAGGGCUUUCGUUUUGCCGUUGUCAAAGGCGCCUGGGUUACACAUGUUCCGCACGUGGAGAGCCCGCAUGCCAACGUUUUUACCCACGACGUUGCUACACGAGUGGCAAAUCGCUUUCAGCGUCUGCAACGGGCACUCGUCGCUGGCGGGCGCAAUACUGAUGAGCACACGGAAAAGAUGCUGCGUCACAAAGAGGCCUGCAUUAAAGGCUGCUUUUAUGCUUCAACAGCGGAUGUGCGCAUUCAGCAAAACAACAGCGAGCGCCGCAAGCUUUCUGAAAUCGCGCACAAGGUGGACAAGGACAUUGACAGCGUUCUUGAAAACGCACAGCUGCGAGAGAAGCGCCAGCUGAUGAGUGACUGGUUUCUGAGCAUGCGUUUGGCUUGCGCCAAGGCCUGUGAAGAGUCCAAAGAAGUACAACAACAUCGCUCAAAUGCCUGCAUAGAUCAUGGAGGAUUAGCCGAAUCUUGUCAGGCAAUGGAAUGGGUGACCCCCUCUGGUCUGCAGGGUUGCAAUGCGCUUUCCUUUGAGACCGCAGUUGACGACAAAUGUUGGGAUGUGUCGAAGGCUUGA